UGGUGAAAUGACCUUGUGGCAGCUCAACACUCUUUGUGGUGGGAGGGAAGACAGAGGAGAGGAAUGUUUGUGAGUGUAACAGAAAGAAAGAAAGUUAGAGACAGAGAUAGAGGGAGAGCGUGGCACACAUUUUCUGAGCAGAGUAAAUAGUAUAGUAGUGGCUGGAACUGUCUAACCAUUUGGACACAGAGAAACAGCAAAGAAAGGACUAACUCUACAACCAUGAAUUACAUCAAAUUGGCCCUGCUGGGCAGUGAGGGAGCAGGCAAAUCUGCGGUUUUGGUGAGAUUCUUGACCAAGCGAUUCAUUGGCGAAUAUGCAUCAAAUGCUAACUCCUUAUACCAUAAAAGGCUCUCCAUUGAUGGAAGACAGUUGAACUUGGAAGUCUUUGAUCCAUGCUCGCAGAGUGGAGAAAGCAGAUGUAUCCUGGAGGAACCGGUGGACUGGGCUGAUGGCUUUGUGGUGGUGUACACCAUCAGCGAUCGUGCAUCCUUUCUAAAUGCCAAAAACAUCCUGGCGCAGAUCAAAGAGAGCCGUCGAGAGACUUGUAAAGGGGAUGUGCCGAUCUGCCUUGUGGGUAACAAGCAAGACCUAUGCCACAGUCGUCAAGUGAGUGAGGAGGAGGGAUGCUCUCUGGCCCAGGAAAACAACUGCCUCUUCCAGGAGGUGUCAGCGGCUGAGAACUACUUGGAGAUCGGCAACCUCUUCACAAAGCUUAUUCGCCAUGUGAUGGAACAGCUUAAGCAUAGAGGUGACCGGAGGAGAUACAGCGGCUCAAAGUCCAUGGCAAAGCUCAUUAAUAAUGUCUUUGGCAAGAGGAGAAAGUCUGUUUGAGUGCAGAACGUCAACAGAGUCGAUCUCAGUUGAAUCUGUUAUGGAGAUACAGUAUGUCCUUGUUUAACCUAAUAUUCUUGGAAUGUUUUGUGUGAAUGAAUAAAAUAAUGCUUGGAUACAUAGUGCAAAAUAACACAAGUACCUCUAUGAGAAACCCACUUUAACCAAGAACAUAAUAUAGAGUUUUAUUUGUCAAGGCAAAGGAUUUGAUAAUGAUACACAAGUUAUACAAUUCAGUGUUGGUCACAGACAAAUAAAAACUCAAUCAACUCAACAAAGUUGAGGUUACUGUAUUAGCCUUUUACCCAUCACAUGUUCACAUCACAAAUAUUUUACACCACCAUCCCGUGCAGUGAUUUGCUUAUUGUUCAAGAGAUACAUUUAUUUGUGAAGACAGUGAACUAUAAAAAUGUAUACUACAAGUUAGUUUUUCUUUGGUAGUGAGAAAAAGCUUGGCCUUAUAUGUUUCUUUGAGAUUAUUUUUAUACACUCAGACACUUAUCUGAAGUUUCUGAAAAGUAGAAAACCCAAAGUAAGCUUUAAAAUUCGGAAUUUUGCUUUAAUACAUGUAGGCUUCAUGUGCUAUUUUGAAUAUUGUUGAGAAGGAUAAGGAAUGUUUGCAAACCCUUGAAGCUUUUUCUUUUCUCUUCAAAGAGCAGCACACAUUCUUUAUCUCCCUCUCUGAAAUGCUUUAAUGCCACAAAGCUGAUUUUGCAUCAUGGAAUGCACAACAAGGACUGAAUUAAUUUAAUCUACAGUAUCUGCAAAUUGCAGGUGAAUUACUAUUUUAACAAAACACCAUGGCAGUGGGCCUCAAAUAAAACAGCUGCAAUCUUUCCAUUGCAUUCUCAUGCUCUCAUUUUGGUUAUAAUUACACGUGAGAGAACAAAAAAUAAGAAACAACUGGACUGCAGCCUUUCCUUAUGUACAGUUCCAAGAAAAGAUGGUCAGACCCUUUGGAAAUACCUGCAUUUCUAUAUCAAUUACUCAUUCAAUGUGGGCUGCUUUUAGGCCAAGUAACAAUAGCAGAAUCUGUUUAAGUUAAUAACACAAAUAACUGCACCUCUUUUUGCCAAUAGCACUGAUUAGUAAAGGUAUCAGCUUCUCCAAUAACUUCUCCAAAGGCUAAUUAAAGGUGUUCCAAUCAAUGAGAAAUGAUUGGUAGCAUGAUGUGUGUUGCCAACAGUUUUUUUUUUUUCAUAUUAACUGAGAAAAACCAUGGCUUGGUAACAAGAAAUGUUUAAAGAGGAAUUAUAGACAUGCAUGAAAAUGGACAAGGCUGCCAAAGCAUUUCUAAAUGCACAAGAAUUUGUAAAUCUAACGUUUUUAAUCUUCAGUCAAAUUGUUUACAAAUAGAGGAAUCCAGAACUGUUGCUACUAUCCAUAGGAGUGGCCGAGUGAGUGUCCUGAAUAGUGAUAGACGAAAUAUCAGCUAGCCCGAUUAAUCGGUCAAUAUCUGGUAAUUUUGUAAUUAUUGGCAUUGGCUGAUAACUGUGUUCGCUUCGCAAAUUAACUGAAGCAUAAUCUUCCCUUGUGUUAGUUCCAGAAUCUAUCAAUA